AUGGCCGGAUACGAUAGGAACCUAUCGAUGAGAGAACAGAGGAGAGACAGGCACGACGAAUACGAAACGAUAGAGCAAAAGACGGGCAGAGGAGGCUCCUAUCACCAGCAACCCAGGCAUUCGCUGCGUCGCAAGGAGCAGGAUAGGUCGGGCAGAGGUCGCGGUGACUCCUAUCAUCAACGCUUUUCGCUCCAUCGAACCGAUCAGGGACGAGGUGGAGGGAGAAGAACCGCGUCCCCAUCCCCACACGACGAUUCUACUGCUCAACAACAGCGCAACACUAGCCCAGAGCAACAGGUAAGGGUCCGACAAGAUGAAGAGGCACAUUCACAUUCACGGGGAGAGGAAUACAAGCGACUGAGGAGUGCUUCACCACCCCUUUCGCGUCGCCGCCACUCUUCCUCUAGCAGGCGACGAGCCCGCGGUAGUGAGGGCUUCGCCGGGAGUCAUAGGAAAUCUCGCGAGCACAGCCAUUAUUCAAAGAGAUCUCACCCUUCAGACAAGGAGAAUCGACCCGCUAACGAUUUUGUUGAAGAUUUCGCUGGGACCAGCUCUCGAUCGCAUCCCCCGUCCGACGAGCAAAGCCAUUUUACCGCUUCCCCAAGAACUUUUACUCCCCCAUUCACUCGCAAUAUAGAACCCCAUUCCCGACCAACGUCACAGUACCCGCUUACUUCUAGAACCUCGCAUAACCGUUCCCUCCCUACGCCGUCCUCUCACCUAGAAUCCGUUUCGAGCAACCCUUCAAGGCCCGAUUUCUCUCCUUUUCCCAUCGCAAGUGUGCGUAAAGACAGCAGCAGACGGAGAGCCAAUAAGGACGAACACAUGCGUGACACAUAUCCAGUACAUGGUGUAAGGCCGGCGGAAGCCCGGUCUUCACGGCGGCCGUCACACCCAUCUGUUGAUACUCGUCAGCCAUACACAUCACCACAGUAUGUAACUCCUACCAGCUCCAGGCACGAGUCUCCGCAAUCUGCCUCCCCUUACAGUGGCGGUGGACGCGGCUCGUGGUCCGCACAGCAACAAUCACAGCCGUAUCAUGGACAGUCGAGACAACUACAUGGCUACUCCCCACCCUAUCGACAGUCAAGCUACCCGUCUCAAAAUGCACCGCCAAGUCAAUAUUAUCAAGGCCAGCCGCCAACCUCAGGCCAUCUCCCGCCGGGCUAUUCGGCUCAAGCUUAUAGAGGAAGUAAUUCAUCAUAUCGUGGCUCACGUUCCAGAGGGUCGCAUUUGGAUGCUGUACAAUGGACUAGUCGGGGCCGUGGCGCGCCCCAUCAGCACCCGCCGCCUCUUCCAAUGCAAAUCCCGUCUGAAGAGCAAAUGUCUCUCGAUACUGAUGAAGAAGACAAUCCUUUUCGGCCGUCGAAAGACCUGCAGGUGGAGGAUCAAGGGGCAGCAGGCGAUCUAGAACGCCCUGAGCCUCCUCCUUCCAAACGUCAGCCUACCAGCACCACUUCACAACCAAAGGAAUCUGGGAAAUUCAGCUUCGCAUUCAAAUCAAAAGCUACGCCAUCCCAGGCUCCAAAGCCAAUUCCUGAUUUAACGCAUAAAAUGCGUGAGCCUCCUCGGCCUUUGGAGCUCCCAAAAACAAAGCCACAGUCUGUGACCUCCAAAUUAAAACAUGAGACACGCUCUGAUCGUCGGGAUGAUCGUCGGGAUCCCCGACGUGGAGAGCGUCGGUUUGAUGGCUGGGACGAAAGGCGGCGGGAACGACGUGAAGACCGACGAGAGUCUCGGCCUGAGAAGCGAAAAGACCGUACAACCGAGCGUUCAAAGCCUAAGAAGAAAAUUCUCACUCGAAUGAAGCCCAGGCCGACCCUUUCUGAAGAAUUCUCACGUGCAGACUCCGUCUAUUACCGCAAGCCUGGGAAUGAGUCUGUCGUGGGAGCUGGUACUUACGGCAAAGUCUUCAAGGCAGUGCAUGUUUUUACAAAGAACAUGGUGGCCUUAAAACGAAUACGCAUGGAAGGAGAAAAGGAUGGGUUUCCUAUCACUGCUGUUCGAGAGAUAAGACUCCUUCAACAUCUUCACCAUCAGAACGUCGUCAGCCUUCAAGAGGUGAUGGUGGAGAAAAAUGAAUGCUUUAUGGUGUUCGAAUACCUUUCCCACGACCUUACUGGCCUCAUCAACCAUCCCACUUUCGUACUAUCAGCCGCACACAAAAAACAUCUCGCCAAACAAAUGUUCGAGGGCCUAAACUACUUGCAUCAUCGUGGAGUGCUUCAUCGUGACAUCAAGGCAGCAAAUAUCCUUAUCAGCAAUCAAGGCCAACUCAAAUUUGCAGACUUUGGACUUGCCAGAUUCUUUUCCAAAUCACGGCAACUUGACUAUACCAACAGAGUCAUCACAAUAUGGUAUAGGCCUCCAGAGCUACUCCUUGGAGAGACUCGGUAUGGCCCUGCGGUUGACAUUUGGAGUGCCGCGUGUGUAUACAUGGAAAUGUUUACCAAGAAAGCCAUUUUCCCUGGAGAUGGCAGCGAACUAAAUCAAAUAGAUAAACUCUACAACUCUCUUGGGACCCCGACAAGAGCUGACUGGCCAGACAUUAUUGAUAUGCCCUGGUUCGAACUCAUGCGCCCCGCUGAGCGGAAGAAGAGGGCAUUUGAGGAUCUAUAUCGAGAUUGUUUAUCUCCAGCUGCCCUUGACCUUGUUGCCAGCAUAUUCCAGUACGAUGCUAGUAAACGACCAUCUGCAGAGGAAAUUCUUGCACACCCCUACUUUGUGUCUGAGGAGCCAGGGCCACAGCAAGCUAUGGAACUAGCAGAUGUGGAGGGUGAUUGGCAUGAAUUCGAAUCCAAAGCCCACCGAAAAGAGAAGGAUAAGGAAGCUCGCCGUGCAGAACAACGAGAAAGAGAAAAGCGGAAAAUAGCUGGCUCUACCGAACUAAGCGAAGAUAGAGAAUCCAAACGUACACGACUCGACGACAGUGCACCAACAUCGCAGGGCGCAGAGACAGAGAACUAA